UUGAUGCCGGCCAAUAGAGGCCGGCCCGGACCGAGGCCCGUGACCGGGGGUCGUACCGGAGCACAUUAAAAACAGACCGGCGCUGGUCAGGUCGCCGUACAAGAUGACCUCAAGGCCUCGCGGUCAUUCAAGUUGUUUCCCAGGCAACAUUCAGCGUCUCUUUUUCGACCACGGCUCUAGCAAGUCUGGUAUCCCGUCGAUUUUCAAUUUGCACUGUUGCACCGGCGAACUUGGUCUUCCCGAUUGCGGACACUUUCACGUCCUGUAGAACGUUGACCGGGCAAGAAGCCUCGACCUUGACAAAAUGCCAUCCUUUACAAGCAGGCACUUCGAGCCUGAGGGACUCGGUCAGCACUCAAAAUCUACUGUCGCCAUCAACGACCCGGAUGAUGCCAUGGAGGACAUCAUCCAGUACACACCGAGACGCAAGGAUGCCGCGUCCAAGAUCCCGGACUCCUUGGCCCUGGUCCCAUCAGACGGCUCGCUCCUCGAUUAUUUCGACCUACCAUCACCGCCCAGCACACCGCAACGGCCAACCCACAACCUCAGCUACUCCUCUCUUAACAGCUUCUCCAGUCCGAUGCCCAACCCCGGACUUAGCAGCAGCCCUCCCACCUCCCGCCGCAGCAGCAUCAGCAGCAGCAGCACGAGCAGUCCAAGCAGCAGCCCGCCUACAACCAGCAUCCCGCGAUGGCCAACCGCUUCGCAGCGGACGCCCUCGUUCCGCUUACCCCGCCGUGCGCGGUCGCGGAGCACUUCGUCGUGCUCGUCGGCGGAUUCGCUGGCGUCGCUGACGCUUGCCGACAACGAUGACAUUGAGAUGGCGGGCACGGUCGGGACUGCGAGCGGCGUGCAGCAGCCGUAUGUGGUGCGCGCGGCGCGGCGCACGCCGUAUUACCCGCCUAACUCGUCGCGGAAUAUCGAUAGGGCGAGGGUCUACAUGAACCGCGGACCGCACUACAUUGCGAAUUGGACGCCGUUGUCGAGCCUGCCGAGGCAUGUACAGCUUCAGAUUGAGGAGAAGAUGGUCCGGUUUACGGCCAUUUGAGGGGAGGGCCGGCAUAGUGCACCACCGUGGUGUCCCGGGGUUUGGUUCGCUUUGUUGGACUGGCGUUUCGGGUCGAGACUGUUGUUUCCGAGGUUCCAUGGCGUAACGGCUUUGGUGGAAUUUGGCGUUUGGGAUCAGGUCGGCAAAGGGAGUUGGAAGGGAGGGAGUUGAAGCAUUACUGCCUUGCAUUUACAGUCCGGGUGAUACACAUGGCCGCAGUCAAUUGUACUAGAACGGGACCAAGUCAUCGAUAUGGGGCGUUGCGGGAGUUCAAACUUCAAGGGGGUUACCACUGGCGGUCAACAUCGGAUCUCUCUUGUUCGGCACUGUAUUACUCUUGUGUUCAGCAAUAGACCUUUCUUAUGCCACUUCA